AUGUCCUCCGCCGCAACUCAAUUUGAAACCCUAACUUUCGACUCCACCGAUAUCUACAUCCGAGCUCACGCUGCUGUUUCCACCCAACCGCCGCCCAUCUCCAAUCCUUUUCCCCCAAUUCCUUCUUCUUUUCCUCAUCCUAAACUCAUCCCGAGAACCAGAUUUAUAAUCGACGGCUUUAGACACGCCGGUGACUUUUCGGUCUCCUACUUCCUCUCCCACUUCCACUCCGAUCACUAUACGGGGCUCACCCCUUUCUGGUCCAAAGGCAUUAUUUACUGUUCCUCCAUCACUGCGCGCCUCCUUAUCGAAGUUCUUAAGGUUCCCUCUUCAUUUGUUGUGCCAUUGCCCGACGCCCAGCGCGUUGUCAUCGAUGGCUGUGAAGUUGUUCUUAUUGACGCAAACCAUUGCCCCGGGGCGGUUCAAUUUCUGUUUAAAGUCCCGGUGGAUGAAGGUAAGUUCGACAAGUACGUUCAUACUGGUGAUUUCCGGUAUUCUGAAUCCAUGAAACUGGUUCCAUUGUUGAACGAAUUUAUUGGUUCUGAUGCUGUCUUUUUGGAUACUACUUACUGUAAUCCUAAGUAUGUCUUUCCGGGACAGCAGGAGUCCAUUAAUCAUGUAGUCGAGGUGGUUAAUAGAAUCGGGGCUGAGAAUGAGGGGAAGGUUAAGAAUGUUUUGUUUCUCGUAGCUACCUAUGUCAUUGGUAAGGAGAAGAUACUGAUGGAGAUUUCUCGCAGGUGUAACAGGAAAAUUUAUGUUGAUAGCAGGAAAAUGACUGUUCUGAGUGUUUUGGGUUUGGGGGAUUCUGGAAUGUUCACCACGGACGAGUUGGAGAGUGAUGUUCAUGUCGUUGGUUGGAAUGUGCUGGGGGAGACUUGGCCGUAUUUUCGGCCCAAUUUCGUGGGUCUGAAAGAGAUUAUGGAGGAAAAAGGGUAUUCUAAGGUUGUUGGAUUUGUUCCUACGGGAUGGACAUAUGAAGUGAAGAGGACUAAGUUUGCAGUAAGAACGAAAGAUUCGUUUGAAAUACACCUCGUGCCUUACAGUGAACAUUCGAAUUAUGAAGAACUUAGGGAAUAUGUGAAGUUCUUGAAACCCAAACGAGUUAUACCCACUGUGGGCAUUGACGUUGAGAAACUAGACAGCAAACAUGUAAAUAAACUUACAAAACAUUUUGCUGGAUUGGUAGAUGUCAUGGCCGCUAAACAAGAGUUCUUGAUGGGCUUCUAUCAAAAGACCAUGGAAGUGGAUGACUACGAUACUGAUGUUCGCGCUUCUUUCCCUACUGAUUUGGUAAAACCUGGGAAUGCGGUUUUGUUGAUGGAAAAAGAGUGCAGCCAAGGUCUGGAUAUGGGUGGGUCGGGAGAUUCUUCUCUCCCUCAGCAGGAAGUUGCAUCACAGGGUAUUGAGACUGUAAAUGAAGUUAGUUUAGAAGAAUCUCUCCAGGAAUUGAGUGACUGUCUACCGAGCUGGGUAACUCGAAAUCAGAUGGUGGAUUUGCUCAGGUCUUCCAGACAAAGUAUAGUUGAAGCUGUUUCUACUUUUUUCGAACAUGAAACUGAAUAUUAUGAGCAGGUAGCUGCUACCAUAUCUCCUGCUAAGUCGCAAGUUAAAUUGUCAUUGCCUUCUACAUUCGCAGGAGAUGAAUGUACAAUUUCUUGUAAAGGUAGAGGAAUUGAGUCUGGGGUGCCUUCGACAUCAUGCCCCGAUAAUGUGUUUCCUAAAAGUCCUGGAGUUAGUCUCAGUGAGAGGCUCAAAAUUCCAAAAACUGUGAACUUAGUCUCGAGUAGGUCUUCUCCAGGGAAGAGGAAGAGGGCUGUUGAAAAUAAAGCAAGUAAAAAAGUUAAGAGCAAUAAAAGUCUAAACAAUGCACCCAAGCAACACUCAAUUACAAAGUUCUUUCAAAAGGUAGCACCUAAUACAUCUCAGGGUGACAAAGUUGCUGCCGUAACUCCUCAUCUUCAGGAUGAUGACACUUUGAGGCCAAGUAACAUGAUUGAAAAUCACAAUGCUGAGGUGGAUCAGUUUAUUGAGAUUGUAAAUGGUGAUGAAUCAUUAAGAAGCAAAGCUGCAAUGAUUCUAAAGCAGACAAAUGGAAAUAUUAAUUUGGCACUAGAUAUCUACUAUGACGGUUCUGGUUUUAUCCUCACUCAGAGCAGGGAAAUCUUGUCAGAUGAAAAUGUGGUGGUCCAGACAAAAUCCUCAGAUGGGAAUACAUCUCCUGAAAACCCCAAGAAGGAACCAGGGUGUUCCAGUGGUGCAACUGUAGCUUUGGAACAAAUUGAUAUCAUUUCCGUGAAUCACGUAUCACUAUCUCCUGAAAAUUAUUCUCCAAUUGAGCAUGCGUUUUGGAAGAAAGGAGAGCCAGCUCCCUUCCUUCAUCUUGCAAGAACCUUUGAUCUGGUGGAGGAAGAAAGGGGCAAGAUAAAAGCCACAUCCAUACUUUGCAAUAUGUUUAGAAGUUUGCUUUGCUUGUCCCCGGAGGAUGUUAUACCGACAGUUUACUUGUGCUUAAACAAGAUUGCUCCUGAUCAUGAGAAGAUGGAAUUGAAUAUUGGUGGUAGCAUUGUAGUAGCAGCAUUAGAAGAUGCAUGUGGUACAAAUAAGUCUAAAGUACGGGAGUUGUAUAACAACCUUGGCGAUCUUGGUGAUGUUGCACAACUUUGUCGACAAACACAACGGUUACUUGCUCCUCCAGCUGUGCUUUCAAUCCGAGGUGUAUUUUCUGUCCUGAGAGACAUAAGUUCGCAAACAGGUACUGGUAGCAUGGUUCGAAAGAAAAACCUUAUCUUGAAUCUUAUGCGUUCAUGUAGAGAAAAGGAGAUGAAAUUUCUUGUCAGGAUGCUGGUCCGUAAUUUAAGGAUUGGAGCAAUGAUGAGAACUGUUUUGCCAGCUCUGGCACAAGCUGUAGCAAUUAACUCCAUGCAGGGUUCUGUUGUAAAUUUGAAGGAUCGUCUUCAGGGUCUUUCUGCAGCUGUAGUUGAGGCCUAUAACAUUCUUCCUCACUUGGAUUUGUUGAUCCCUUCAUUGAUGGAGAAAGGACUUCAAUUUUCGUCAGGAGAUUUAUCUAUGGUUCCUGGCAUACCCAUCAAGCCAAUGCUUGCAAAAAUUACUAAUGGAUCCUCUCAGGUUCUUAAGCUCUUCCAAAACAAAGCCUUUACAUGCGAAUACAAGUAUGAUGGUCAGCGAGCCCAAAUUCACAGAUUAAAAGAUGGUUCACUACGCAUUUUCUCACGGAAAGGGGAUGAAACAACUGCUAAGUUUCCUGAUGUGAUAAACAUAAUUAAGGAAGCAUGUGGUUCUGCUGAAACUACUUUUAUAUUGGACACUGAGGUGGUAGCUGUUGAUCGGAGAAAAGGUAUGAAGCUUAUGUCAUUUCAAGAACUGUCUUCUCGGGAGAGAGGAAGUAAAGACUCCACAGUGUCGUUGGAUAAAAUUAAGGUUGACAUAUGCGUAUUCAUCUUUGAUAUCAUGUUUGUGGAUGGGAAGCAGUUGUUGGGAACUCCUCUUCGUCAAAGGCGAAAGUAUUUUAAGGAUUUAUUCCAUCAGGAGAAACCAGGAUAUCUGGAAUAUGCGAAAGAAAUGACAGUGGAGGCCGAUGAUGCUUAUCCAGAUAAUGAAACCACUUUGACAGCAGUGAAUUGCUUUCUUAAGGAAGCACUCCAUUCCUCUUGUGAAGGAAUCAUGGUUAAAUUUCUGGAUGUGGAUGCUGGGUAUACUCCAUCAAAACGCUCAGAUGCCUGGUUAAAGGUGAAGAAAGAUUAUGUGGAUGGAUUGAGUGAUUCAUUGGAUCUAGUCCCUAUAGGUGCUUGGCAUGGGAAUGGACGCAAAGCAGGAUGGUACAGUCCCUUCCUUAUGGCCUGCUACGACCCUGAAAGAGAAGAAUAUCAGAGUGUUUGCCGGGUCAUGUCAGGGUUUUCAGAUUCCUUUUACAGAGAGAUGAAAGAGUUUUUUCAAGGGGAUAAAAUUCUUGCUAAGAAGCCUCCUUAUUAUCAAACUGCGGAGGUGCCAGAUAUGUGGUUCUCCCCGGAGAUUGUCUGGGCAAUUAGAGGUGCCGAACUGUCUGUAUCGCCUGUCCACAAGGCUGCAGUAGGUCUAAUUCAUCCAUCUCGCGGGAUCUCGAUGAGAUUCCCUAGAUUUAUUCGGUCUCUAUCAGAUAGAAAUCCAGAAGAUUGUAGCACAGCUGCUGAUAUAGCAGAAAUGUUCAAUUCUCAAACACGAAAAAUGGAUGUGAAUGUCGAGCACUGA